AUGGCGAUGAGGACCUUCUACAAUGAGAUCAAGGGGAUGAAGGUGAAGGAGCUGCCGGCGUAUCUCAAGCCCAGGUUCACCGUUGAUUACGUCAAGAACUCCGUGCAGCGUGGGCUCGACAAUUAUCACGCCAAAUACAUCGAGACCAGCUCCGUCGUUCCUCUCUAUCACAUCUGUUUCGGAGGGAUGAUCUUCUCGUACCUCGUCGCCCUCCCCGAGGAGCGCCGCCACCUGGAGCACCAGCAGCACGCCAAAGAACACGGCGGCCAUUGA